UGCCAGUACUUCGGAUUCGUUCUGCUCUUCUUCUCCCUCGCUGGGCUGAGCAUCAUCUGCGCCAUGUCCAUCGAGAGAUACAUCGCCAUCAAUCACGCGUACUUCUACAACGACCACGCGGAUAAGAAGCUCGCAGGAGCCACGCUGCUCGCCAUUUACGCAUCCAACAUACUGUUCUGCGCGCUGCCCAGCGCUGGUUUUGGAGAGGUCAAGAUGCAGUACCCUCAAACCUGGUGCUUCAUCGACUGGCGGACCAACGUGAGCACGCACGCCGCGUUUUCCUUCAUGUACGCGGGCUGCAGCUCGCUGCUGAUCCUGGUGACGGUGGUCUGUAAC